AUGUUGUUUCUGAACGAACGACUGACACUAAAAUUAGCGGUGCUUCUGUGCUUCAUUGGAUUGAUUUUAGAAGCACUAUUCAUCAGGCGUAUAAUUGACUUGGCAGAUAGGAGGAUUCUAUCCCACAUCUAUAAUACCAAACUCCGGAGCCACAGCAUGCUGAGUAUCGAACAGGACAGAAAUCACGAAUUAGACUACCGUGAUGACGGUUAUGUUGCGGGAGUAUACUAUUCUAAUUGGUCGCCAUACCCUCCAAGAAACCAUUUCCCGCACGACAUUGACUUCCGGCAGAUUUCGCAUGUUUUUUACUCGUUUUUCUUGGUAGAUGCUAAGUCGGGACGGUGCAUCAGUAGCGAUGAGUAUUCGGACACUCAAUUGGACACGUAUAAGCAAUUAGAAUAUUCCUCUCAGAAACUGAAUUUAGGCGGUGCCAAAAAAGCCCUACCACAACACAAUAAUGCAACAGGUCAGAAUAAGCUACCCUUGGGUUGUUUGGGAGAGCUAUUCUAUUUGAAAUACACCAAUUUUCUGCCUGCCAAAGGUGGUCCAUCAGGAGUGAACAAUUUCAAAACUAUCAUGUCCGUUGGUGGAUGGUCCAAUCGUGCUGCCUUCAAAGCACUUGUCGCGGAUUCGACAAAGCUACAAGUAUUUGUAGAGUCUUGCGUUGAGAAUAUGUUCAAAUUUGGCUUCGAUGGUAUCGAUAUUGACUGGGAAUUCCCAGAAAACGAUUCGCGGGAACCUGCAGUAUUUCUGAAGCUAUUGAAAUUACUGCGCACCAAGCUUACCGAGCUAGAGAAUGCCAUAUUUGGAUUGAAUACUACCCAUCAGCAUUUUGAGCUUACUGCUGCCAUCUCUGCUGACCCGUCGACGUUGGAAUAUUUACCUCUGGCGGAAGCGGAUUCGUGUUUGGAUUAUUUUAACCUGAUGGCUUACGAUUUCAGCGGCAGCUGGUCUGAGCAAACUGCAUACCAGAGCAAUCUCUACAAUGGUCGACAGCCCCUGCAUGCAAGAGAUAUAAGCGGAACAAGCACUAAUCUGAGCGUGGACAAAACUCUUCAAAUACUAGUCCAUCAAUGCAAUGUACCAGUCAAGAAGAUAGUGUUAGGCAUGCCAGCAUAUGGCAGAGGAUUCAAAAAGGUUUCUUAUCGAGACGAAAUUGGUACACUUGCGAUCAAUAGAACGUUUCACGGAAUUCAAGGCACAUCCAAGGGAGAAGAAGGUAUUUCACUCUACAAGUCGCUGCCUGGCAAAGGAAAUAAAGAGUUUUUCGACAGCGAUGCCGUGUCAGCAUUUUGCGUUAAAUCCAAGUCUUCCAAGAAAUCUACCGAACUAACAGUUUAUGAUAAUCCAAUGUCGAUGCUGAGGAAAGCACAAUACGUUCAACAAAAUGGAUUGGCCGGAGGAUUUUGGUGGGAAUCGUGCGGCGAAGAUUAUACAAACCCAGAACGCUCACUAACAAUGCGUUUUACUCAAGAACUGAAAACUAUUAGAAAGGCAAAUUCGACAAUUUACAAACAGCCAGAAGUAGCCCAGUACUAUAAAAGCCGUUUCGGCCAAGACUUUUUGUCAUCAAUUCUACAGACAUGA